AUAUGAUUCGCGGCUCUUGUACUGCUUGCUGCUGACCGUCAUGCUCACUUUACGGCGCCUACCAAGGGCGCCGAGGACGUCAUACCUGCGAGGUCGCGCUCGCUGUCUGCAUUCGUCGCCAAGGGCCCUCAACGAGAAGUUCAACCCCGCCGAAGUCGAGCGUGCGGAGGACGAGGUCGAUGUGUGCAUUGUUGGUGGAGGGCCUGCAGGUCUGAGCGCAGCGAUCAGGUUGAAGCAGUUGGAGAGGGAGAAGGGGAAUGGGCGGGAGUUGCGAGUAGUUGUGUUGGAGAAGGGCAGCGAAGCUGGCUCCCACAUCCUCUCUGGCGCCGUAAUCGAGCCCCGCGCCCUCGACGAGCUCCUCCCCGAAUGGCGCAAUGGCGACCACCCCCUCACCCAGCCCGCCACCCGCUCCCGCAUGCUCUUCCUCACCGAAGGCUUCUCAAUACCGCUCCCCCAUCCACCACAAAUGAACGUACGCGGGAACUAUCCCGGUCACAAGGACAGCUUCAUCACGAGCCUGAGCGGCUUCACAAGGUGGCUCGCUGGCGUCGCCGAGGAGCACGGCGUGGAGGUCUACCCUGGCUUCGCAGGCGCUCAACUCGCCUAUGGGGAAGAGGACGCGAACAAGGUCGUCGGCGUUGUCACCAACGAGGUCGGUCUUGCGCGCGACUAUACCAUGAAGUCCUCCUUCGAGCCCGGUAUGCGCUUCCGCGCGCGCGCCACCCUCCUAGCAGAGGGUGCACACGGCUCCUUGACGAAGGAGGCUUGCAGGAAGUACCGCCUGCGAGAUAAACCCGCCGAAGGGUCGACCGAGCCUGUUGUCAACCCGGAUCCCCAGGCUCAGACCUACGGCUUCGGGUUGAAGGAGGUGUGGCAGGUCCCCCAAGAAGUUCACCGACCAGGCGAGGUGGUGCACACAUUGGGCUGGCCGCUCACGUACGACACGUAUGGUGGAGGCUGGGUCUACCAUAUGGCGGAUAACUUGGUCAGCGUGGGCUUGGUGGUGGGCUUGAACUACAAGAACCCGUAUAUGCAACCGUACCGCGAGUUCCAGAGAAUGAAGCACCACCCCUACAUGCGCGCCCUCUUCGACGUGCCAGGCGCGCAAAGGUUAGCAUACGGCGCGCGCACAAUGACGUCCGGCGGCCUGCAGAGUCUCCCCGCACGCCUGCACUUCCCCGGCGGCUCCCUCAUCGGCUGCGCCGCGGGCAUGGUCAACGUUGGCAAGAUCAAGGGCACGCAUAACGCGAUGAAGAGCGGUAUGAUUGCUGCGGAGGCUGCCUUUGACGCGAUUAUGGAGCAGGGCGAGGAAGCUCCCGUUGCACCCGUUGACAUGUCCGGGUACACGAAGGCGUUCCGGGAUUCUUGGGUGUAUGACGACCUGUACGAGGUUCGCAACCUCAAGCCGUCGUUCGGGACGUCGUUGGGGAUCUUUGCGGGUGCGGCGUACUCAGGCGUGGAUUCGUUGCUGCACGGCAAGGUACCUUGGACACUGCGUCAUAGUAAGAGCUCGUUGGAUGAGUCAACCAAGUACGACCGCUCGUACGACUCGACGAAGACGGAGUCCGCGUCGCGGCAUAAGCCGAUCGACUACCCGCCCUUCCAGCCGCCCUUGUCUACCGACCUGAUGACCAGCGUCGCGCUCACGGGCACGAACCACGAGGAGGACGAGCCCGUGCACCUGAAGGUCGGCUUGAAGUCGUUGCGCGAGGCGAACGCCGAGAAGGAGGAGGCGAGCGUUGAGAAGGCGAAGCCCUUGACGCAGGACUGCAACUCCACGGCUGACGCCCGGAGGGAGCACGUGCGUGUCAACGUUGAGCAGUACGCGGGCUUGUUGCAGCGCGCGUGCCCUGCGGGCGUGUACGAGUAUGUCGAUGUCGAGAAGGGGCAGGAGAGCCCAGAGGCAUACAACGGCAAGAAGCUGGUCAUCAACUCACAGAACUGCAUCCACUGCAAGCUCUGCGACAUCAAGGUGCCCACCCAGGACGUUACCUGGUCUGUCCCGCAAGGCGGUGGUGGGCCGAAGUACACUCUUACCUGAUCCCGUCAUUUCAACGUUCGUCGUACUGCUUUGUAGUCGCAUGCUUUCGCAAUACAGUGCAUGUAAAUCCUUCUCCGCGCCCGAGUGAAUGCGAUGAAGGUCUCCCGCAGGUACGACACCGCCUGGCGUGGCCGAGGGCGGGGCGUGACUGCCUAACGGUGGCGGCCGCAGGUACGAGCGCGCGCUCGUCGCCGGAGGCGACGAUGACGAGGCUUGCAAGACCUGCCCAAGUCCUUUCGAGGGACCGAGGGCAGGUUCUCAAACAGGUCCCACUUGGUCCCGAACAUGCUGUCCUGGCCAUUUACGAGGGCUGUGUGCCCCCCUGAACAAUCAUUGCCUCAAAAAAGGGCGUUGGCAGGUCGUCGAUCGCCUGACGCUGCCAACGUUUCACGGAAGUAUCACUUCGCUGCGCGGCUCCUCAUGGGUAAGGAGACGAUCAUCGACGGCGGGUACGAGGCUGAAUUAGCUGCGGGGGAGGGGGGAUAGGGUAUAAAGGGC